AUGAGUUUAAAACCCUUCACCUACCCAUUUCCAGAGACGAGAUUUCUUCAUUCAGGAUCCAGUGUAUAUAAAUUCAAAAUCAGAUAUGGCAACAGUAUCAGAGGGGAAGACAUAGAAAAUAAGGAAGUCAUCGUCCAGGAGCUGGAGGAUUCUAUUCGUGUAGUCUUGGGAAAUUUGGACAACCUGCAGCCUUUUGCUACAGAACACUUCAUUGUAUUUCCCUAUAAAAGCAAAUGGGAGAGAGUGUCCCACUUGAAAUUCAAACGUGGGGAAAUCGUCUUGGUCCCCUAUCCAUUUGUUUUGACUCUGUAUGUGGAGAUGAAGUGGUUUCAUGACAGCCUGUCACCUGGGAAACCAAAAAAUGACAGUCCUCUUGGAUUGGUCCUAGCUGAAAGGAAAGCAGCUGGAGCCAUGAGGAAGAAACGAAAACGCAUGGAAGUAUCCAGCUCCCCCAGCAGGCCAAGGCUGGACAGGGCCAGGAUGAGGACUUCCAGCCAAGGUCCCAGCAAAAAGAAGCUCCUUUUGGAAACCAGGAGGAACAGGGAAAGAAAAACUCAGCAGGAAUGUCAGGAGACUCCAGCAUUUGGUGUCAGUGAUGUCCAGGAACAGGAUUCUAGAUGGGAGGGCAGUGUAGCAGGGGAGAUUAUCCCACCAAUGCAGCCAAGCAAUCCUCCUCCACCUAAAGGACCCACAGACCUUGGAACUAGUGGCUUCUUUGGGUUUUUAAGCUCUCUCUUCCCGUUUCGGUAUUUCUUCAGAAAGAGCAGCCAGUGA